ACGGCGACGGCGACUCAUUUCUCUAUCCGUUUCCGGCGCCGCAGGGCGGUCUAGGUCUCCGGCGCCGCCACCACAGCCGGCGCCUCCGCCCCCACCCUCGCUCCCUCCACCGCUCCCGCGCCACCUGAGACGCUCCUGCGCCACCUGAGCCGGAGCUCCGCCUUCGUCGCCCCAAGCCCGAGGCGGAGGCCCUUUCUCCCGCCCUCCCCACGCGAUCCAGUCGUCAGCGACCGGCCUGCUUGCCGACUGAUCGAGCAAUUCCGUAGAGCCGAUCGAUGGGGUCUCUGGAGCCUUUCAACCGGCUGGUGCGGCUGACGGCGCGCGCCUUCUACGAUGACAUCUCCAUCAAGGGCGACACCCAGGCCAAGACCUCCCGCGGCGACAACCGGGGCAUGGCCGUCGUCGUCCUCGACGGCCUCACCAGACGCCAGUGGGUCCGCGAGGAAGACUUGGCUAAAUCAUUAAAGCUCCACUCAAAACAACUGCGCCGUGUCCUCCGAUUCUUUGAAGAAGAGAAGCUAGUGACAAGAGAUCACAGAAAGGAGUCCGCAAAAGGAGCAAAAAUAUAUAGUGCAGCAGCAGCUGCUGCAGGUGAUGGUCAACCCACGAAGGAGGGUGAAGAGAAAGUAAAGCUGCACACACAUUCUUACUGUUGCUUGGACUAUGCACAGAUCUGUGAUGUUGUACGGUACCGGAUACACCGGAUGAAGAAAACUUUGAAGGAUGAAUUGGACAGCAGGAAUACAGUUCAACACUAUAUAUGUCCUAACUGUAAAAAGAGGUACUCAGCCUUCGAUGCAUUGCAACUUAUAAGCUACACGGACGAGUACUUCCAUUGUGAAAAUUGCAAUGGCGAACUACUUGCAGAGAGUGACAAGCUUUCUUCUGAGGAAAUGGGAGAUGGUGAUGAUAACGCACGGAAGCGUCGACGUGAGAAACUGAAUGAUAUGCAGCAAAGAAUUGAUGAGCAAUUGAAGCCCUUGCAAGCACAACUUAAAAGGGUGAAGGAUCUGCCUGCUCCUGAGUUCGGGAGUCUACAAUCAUGGGAAAGACUAAAUCUCGGUGCUUUCGCGCAUGGUGAUUCUGCUGCAGCUGAGGCCGCUAGGAAUGCACAAGGGCAGUAUAAUGGUACACCGAUGCCUUAUCUUGGAGAUACAAAGGUUGAUGUUGAGCUGGCUGGUUCUGGUGUAAAAGAAGAAGGUGCUGAAUCUGGCAGAGAUGGUACAGUAUUGAAAGUCUUACCUCCAUGGAUGGUCAGAGAAGGGAUGAAUCUUACAAAAGAACAAAGAGGAGAGUCCAGUAACACAUCAAAAGGAGAUGAAAAAUCAGAUGUGAAAGAUGAAAAGAAACAAGACUCAAAAGAAGAUGAGAAGAGUAUACAGGAUGAAUACCUUAAGGCAUAUUAUGAGGCUUUCAAGAAAAAACAGGAGGAGGAAGAUGCAAAGAGAAUGCAGCAGGAAGGGCAGGCAUUUUCUUCUGAAAUUCACUCUGAGCGGCAGUUGGGCAUGAAAGCCAAACGCGAGGAUGAGAAUGUUGAGGAUGAUGGUGUUGAAUGGGAAGAGGAGCAACCUGCAGGGAAUGCAUCGGAGGAGCCAUAUAAGUUUGUGGAUCUGAACGCCGAGGCCCCAGAAUCUGGCGACGAGGAAGAUGAAAUUGACUGGGAAGAAGGUUAAAAGACAGUGACGAUUUUCUUGGUCUUGAAUUCAUGAAAUCAGUUCAAAAUGGGAUGUUAAAUGAUAAUAAUAUUGCCAGGUGUAUGUAUAUCAACGCUUGGCUGCAGAUAACAUUUUUCUCCCAGAUUUGUGAAAAAGCUUUUAGUGUGAAGUAUGAUAUUGAUAACAUUCUUCUCCCAGAUUUGUGAAAAAAGCUUAUAGUGUGAAGUAUCAUAUUGGCAUCCAUGUGACGUAAAGGAAUUCAAAAGAAUUACUGGGCGGCA